UAGUGUCACCGUCUCCACGUGCUCGCCACCGCAGAGGCUCCGGCGAGGCUGGGAUGAAGACCGGCACCGCGACAUUGUGUCCUUCAUGGCGGAGGGCAAUGCGGCAGGGCUGAAGGCCGUCAUCAUCAAGCUAUGUGACGGCCACGAGAUGGACGCGGCCGGCCUGACGCCCCUCCACCGCGCGGCGCAGCGCGGGCUGUACCCGGAUAUGGUCAGCGAGCUGCUGCACCUGGGCGUGAGCCCCCACGUGCUGACCCCCGACGGCAUGACCCCCGCUGACCUGGCACGGCGGGCAGGGCACGAGGAGGUGCUGGAGGUGCUGAGCAAGCACCAGUGUGGAGAGUCUCCUUCGUCGCCGGAGGAACUGCAGAACGAGCUGUUUACUCUCAUCAUUCAAGGCGACCACGUUCAGAAGGUGUCCCGCCUGCUGUGUAUGGGUGUCCCCAUCGAGCCCAUUGCCAGUGACGCCAACUCCCCUCUCAGACUGGCCGUGAUUCUUGACCGCCGCCGGACGGUCAACCUGCUGCUGGCGAGCGGCGCGAUGCUUCCUGCCUGCCUGCUGCAGGAUGCCUGGCAGAGCCCCGAUGUGACCUCCGGGGUGCUCGCCACCCUCAAAGCCAAUUACUUGUGGCGGCUGCGGGCGGAACGUGGCCGCUUGGACUCCAGCAGGCAGAGUGAGGAACGCCGUCGUCUCUUUACAAAGGGCAUUGACGACAUCCUGAAGACUAUCGAGGGUGAUACCCCUUGGCAGGCAGCAUGGCCCAAGGACAAGCCGAAGGCACUCAGCGCCCUCAUGGUGGAGGCUGUGCACGCCAAGUGUCCCGUGACCGCGGCCUUCCUGCACCGGGCCGGCGCGUGGUCCUUCCUCAGCGGGGAUAGGGGGGCCAGUGCCUUGGCCACCGCGCUGGAGGAGGGCCACAAAGGCAUGGCCGAGCUGCUGGUCAAGCACCUGGGAACCAGCAUCUACUCCGACGUUCAUCUUCUGAACCGCAUAAAACCCGAGGAGCGGCGGCGGCUGGAGCAGGUUAUGUCCGGUGAGGCCAUGUCCGGUGAAGUUAUGUCCGGGGAGGUUAUGUCCGGUGAGGUUAUGUCCGGUGAAGUUAUGUCCGGUGAAGUUAUGUCCGGUGAGGUUAUGUCCGGUAAGGUUAUGUCCGGUCAGGUUAUGUCCGGGGAGGUUAUGUCCGGUGAGGUUAUGUCCGGUGAGGCUAUGUCCGGUGAAGUUAUGUCCGGGGAGGUUAUGUCCGGUGAGGUUAUGUCCGGUGAAGUUAUGUCCGGUGAAGUUAUGUCCGGUGAGGUUAUGUCCGGUAAGGUUAUGUCCGGUCAGGUUAUGUCCGGUAAGGUUAUGUCCGGUGAGGUUAUGUCCGGUAAGGUUAUGUCCGGUAAGGUUAUGUCCGGUGAGGUUAUAUCCGGUGAGGCUAUGUCCGGUGAUCCCGAUGCCAUGAUUGUCUCUUAG